AUGAGCCACUCUCCGAACCAACAGGUCAACGGCGGCGAGGCGUUUGCUCCGAUGGCCGACCCCGCGAACACGUCGGCGACCAGCAACCCUUCGGGCACCCGUCGUGGCAGCCAUAGUACUCAAUAUUCCUCGACCACGGGGGUGCUUUCGUCUCUCCCGCACCGGCCCUCGUUCACGCCGCUCCACCCGUCGCCGCUCCCCCCAUCGCUGCUUCUCCCAUCGCCGCCACUCCCGUCGCCGCACCCGUCGCUGCGCCAAUCCCACCAGCCAUUCCCGCAGCCCCCGUCGUCGCUCCUUCCGCCCCCGUUGCCGCUCGCCUACAUCAGCCUGUCUGCCUCAGGCCCGACCGUCUUCGACUGGCUGCAGGUGCUCUCGGGCCUCGCCGCGCCGCCCGCCGCCGCCGACCCGGCCGUCGAACUGGAGGACCCUGAACCGGUCGCAGUCCCGGAGUGCGACACGUCCAGCUGCAAGAAGCGGUGGGAAAUAAUUGAGGUGUCGAAACACACGCACCUGCUAGCUUUUGCAGCAACAGCAGGCUCAUACGGAUCGGCCCCGCCGCCCGAGGCCUUCUCGGCGCAGCGCCAGAUUUCGAGCUGGAAGUGCUGGCUGUUCUCGUGCCGCUUCCAGUCGUUCUUGCUGCCGAAUGUCUUGUCUAAGGACCCGGUCGCUGUCGCCGCCGUCGUCGCCGUUGUGGCCGUUGUGGUCGUGGACAGGUUCGGCGAAGGCGUCGCCGCCAACGGGGACAGCGACGACGACAGCGACGACGCAAGCCGCCGCGACGUCCGCCACGCCGUUCGAGCCGCACACCAGCGCACCCGCCGCCAUGCGCGACACUGCACAACCAUCUUCCUUGUCUGA